AUGAAUGUUACAGACCCUUGUUCCACAGAUUACCCCUAUUAUUCAGACUAUUUUUCUCUGAUCACGCCACCUUGUUCUAAGCUGGAAGUCAGGAACUUCACAAAAGCAUUUCUGCCAGUUGCAUAUUCAUUGAUUUGUAUCAUCGGCCUCUUUGGUAACAUCUUUGUGGUGAUGACCUUCGCUUUAUAUGAAAGAGCCAAGUCCAUGACGGAUGUGUACCUCUUCAACAUGGCCAUAGCAGACAUACUGUUUGUUCUGACUCUUCCACUGUGGGCAGUGAAUUACGCUGCUGAUGAAUGGAUUUUUGGUGAUUUCAUUUGCAAAAUGACUAGAGGUAUCUAUGCAAUCAACUUCAGCUGUGGCAUGCUGCUUUUGGCCUUUAUCAGCGUGGACCGGUACAUUGCUAUCGUACAGGCAACAAAGUCUUUUAAACUCAGGGCAAGGACUCUCGCACAUAGUAAACUCAUUUGUUUGGCUGUGUGGAUAUCAUCAAUUCUAAUCUCUAGUCCCUCUUUUCUGUACAGUGGAAGUUACAGCUUCUCCAUGAAUGAAACCAAAGAGAUUUGUGAUCACAGAUCGACCAGAAUUUCUGCAAGCACAAUGCUGAAAUCACUGCUGCUAUGGCUACAAGUUUCAUUUGGAUUUCUUAUACCUUUCAUAUUCAUGAUUUUUUGCUACACCUUCAUUGUCAAAUCCUUACAACAAGCUCAGAAUUCCAAAAGAAACAAAGCAAUUCGUGUGAUUGUAUUAAUUAUAGCUGUUUUCCUAAUUUGCCAGGUACCUUAUAACAUUGUUCUUCUCAUAACAGCUGUCAACAUGGGCAAGAUUGACAAAUCUUGUGACAAUGACAAGAUAAUGGCUUAUGCAAAAUACACCACUGAAGCCAUAGCAUUUUUACACUGUUGUGUGAACCCUGUGCUCUAUGCAUUUAUUGGAGUGAAGUUCAGAAGUUAUUUUGUGAAGCUAAUGAAGGACCUAAGGUGCAAGAAAUACAAGAAAGACAGUAAACGUAAUUCAAAGACAAACUCUGAUACUUAUCAUUCAAGACAGACUAGUGAAAUUCUGACUGACAAUGGAUCAUCUUUUACUAUAUAAUACAAUUUGAACAUUAGUACUGAAGGACUCUUCUCACCAAGAAACCCAAACCAAUGUGACUGUGCAUGUGACAGCAAGUAAUCUGAACUUCUCUGUGCCUCUAAAUGAGAUCCAAUGAUCUACACCUCC